AAAAAAAAAGCGGCAUUCCUGCGGAGCUGACCCUUCAACAUUGAAGCCGGCCUUCUGUUUCCACUUUCUGCUCUUUCUUGCCCUAGUUUAUCGUACGAAAUCUGAACCUACGGGCCAAGAACCCGCCGAUAUACCAGCCGGAGCUUCUUCUGCGCCUCACUCAUCGAACCAACAGCGGCAAAGCCGACGAAUUCUACAACCUCCACGGCAUCGCCUUGUCCGUCGCCGUUGCAUCCUACUCCAAGGACUCCUGGCGCCGAUCACGCGAUCUCCCAUUAUCUGCUCGCGAGCCUCAAGGCCUUUCCGCCCUGCUUCUAUUCUGUUGUGAUGAGGAAGUGGAGAGGACUGAAUAGAAGGGGCAGAGAGUUUGUCGGAGAAGCAGCGUUCAGCCAAAGAGAUUGAAUAUGCGGUCAUAGUAUUGGGGAGUUGGAUGCUUUUGGGGGGCACAGGAGGCAGGGAGAUGAUGGAGCUGGUUGACGAGGUGAAUUUCGCGCUCUAUGGGUUUCGUCCUUGGCGACCGGUUCGGAUUCGGCGGACCAGCUUGCUCUCGUUGCUAAACAUACGCAGCACGGAGGAGGGUCGCCGGCUAAUUAGGGAACGGGGGAUGGCCAACAUGAUAGUUGAUGCAAUUUUGGACUUGAACUUCGAUGAUACCGUGUGUUCCAUUGGUGCAGCAGCUCUUUUCUACAUUUUGGCCAGCGAUGUUGAAGAUCAUUCUCUUCUUGAUUCCCCAACUUGUGUACAUUUUCUUCUUAAGCUAUUGAGUACACCUAUGGAAAGUGUCGAGAAGAAGACAAUGAAUAUUGGCCUAGACCUAUUAGAAAUACCUAAGCCUCAAACCGUGGACAGUGCAAAUAAAGGAGUUGACUCUACGUGUAGAGCUAUAAUUUCAAAAGUCAAAGAACUUCUUUUGAGUUGUAAUGAGAUCCAAACUGGCAGUGACAAUGAUGAUGGAAUGAAAAUACCAGAGUUGAGCUCAAAAUGGAUAGCUUUAUUGAUUAUGGAGAAAGCUUGCUUAUCUUCGGUUUCUUUUGAAGAUACAACUGAAAUGAAGGGAAAUGUUUGGGGAGAUUUUAAGGAAACUUUCAGGGAGCUUAAAGGACUAGAUGCAAUAUUUGAUGUUGUCACUAAUUGUCAUUUUACCUUGGAGAGUUGGUUUAAAAAGAAAUCUGCUUCAGUUUUAGCUUCAAAAGAUUGUGAUAGUGCUUCCCUUGAAAGUGUUGUCCUUCUCCUCAAGUCUUUGAAGAUCAUGGAGAAUGCCACUUUUAUGAGUGAAGACAAUCAGAACUACUUGCUUAAAAUGAAGGCAAAAUUGAACUCUGGUGGAGUGCCUUUAUCCUUUGUUGAUACUGUUAUCAGUUGCAUAAAGUUUUUAUCAGGGCUGUCUCUUCACCAGAGUAUUUCUAGCAACUCGAACAAUGGGAAGUUACUCCUCUCUUCUUCUGAAGCUUGUACAAAUGGAAAAAUUAAAGAUGUGCAGGAUUAUCCUUCAACUUCUUAUUGUGGCACUAAGAAUUCUCAUUUGGAGAAGAUGGAAGUGUGCCAUAAACGUCAUAAACUGUCUACUUCAAAGCUGGAAGUGUCUACAUUUGGUUGUGAUGUUUUAUCUGCAACUGAUAGAACUGAUUGCUCUGCAUCUACUUCAUAUAAUACAACAUUAGACUGUUCAAAGGGAGUAAGCUGCAGAAGUACAAUUGAUUUGAAAGUAAAGGUACAUGCAAAUUCUCAAAGACCUAGUGGCUUGAUUUCCAUAAGGUCAGUUGAUUCCAAAGGAAGCUCCCAUGAGCAAUCCAAGAGAAUUCAAAUCACUAACAGUGUAAAAGGUGACUGUAUGAGUGACCACGAAGAUCCAUUUGCAUUUGAUGAAGAUAACACAGGUCCAUCGAAGUGGGAACAAUUUUCUUCCAAAAGAGGAGAAACUCAAUCUAGAAAACAAGCUUUUUCAGAUAAAGAAUAUGCCAAUGGAUCUGAGAUUCCGGUUAUAGUUAUUGAGGAUGAAUCAAGUCAGCCAAUUACUGAAGUCAGCCGACAAUUCAGUGAUAAUUCUUUUCCAUCAGUAGAUGAAAAGGAUCCUAGUCUUCUGGAUGACUGUCUUCUUACUUCUGUGAAGGUUCUUAUGAACUUAACAAAUGAUAACCCUGUUGGUUGUCAACAAAUUGGUGCCUGUGGAGGACUGGACACUUUGGCCUCCUUGAUUGCUAGUCAUUUCCCAUCAUUUGAUUCUUGUCUACCUAUUAACACUGAAAUUGAAGAGAGUAUGACGUCCUUCAACAGAAGCAACGUUUCUGGACUCAUUAAUGACAGAAAGCUACAUGAUCAUGAAUUAGAUUUUCUCGUUGCUAUUCUGGGCUUGCUUGUGAACCUUGUUGAGAAAGAUAGUCUGAACAGACUGCGGCUUGCGACGGCCCGUGUUUUGGUGAAUCAGCAAACAGCAUCUGCAAGUAAAGUAAUUUACAGGGAUGUAGUACCUUUGCUAUGCUCCAUUUUUAUGUCCAAUCAGCGAGCUAGGAAUGCUGAUGAAGAGGAAGAGGUUUUAGCCUAUGAUGACGAGGCUUCUUUGUUGCAAAGUCAGCGGGAGGCUGAAAUGAUGAUCAUUGAAGCUUAUACUGCUCUACUGCUUGCAUUCCUGUCGACUGAAAGUAUAGCAGUGAAAGAAACGAUUACUCGCUGCCUUCCCAAUCAUAGAUUGGAAAUUCUUGUUCCUGUCUUGGAGAGAUUUGUGGCAUUUCAUCUGACUUUGAAUAUGAUAUCACCGGAAACACAUUCGGCUGUUGUGAAGGUAAUUGAAUCUUGUAAAGAGCCAUAAGAGAAAGAGGAUCAUCCUGUACAGAUUUGGUCUCUUUAUCAUCUCAGGAAAUUUUCUUUUUCUCCUUGAGAUGAUCCAGGAAACAAGCUUGACGUGCCUUCUUCAACUCGAACUUUGUAUUUUUUUCUUUCUUUCUUUCUUUCUUUUUUAAUGUACAUUAUGUCUCCUUGAGCAGUCCUUUCCAAGUGUUGUCAAACAGCAGUGGAAGGUGAGGUUUUCCAUUUGCAGUGAUUGAGCAAAUGAUAUAAAAGAAAUGUAUUGUUUGUAAAUUUGUUCAUGAUUGUUUUAGCCCGUAGCCAUGUUCUAAAGAAAAAUGCCAGAGGGAUGUAAGUGAUAUUCUUUUCUUUUCUCUUUUUAAUGGUUUUUUUUAU